UCUUGCCUGGUCUGAUUCUCUCCAGUUGUCAUAUACAAACUGGGGCACAGGGCAACCUGCAGUUAACCCAGAGCUCGGCUCGUGUACAGCAAUAAUCAAAGAUGCAUCUGCUGAGUUUGGAGACUGGAGGACUCAUUUGUGCCGAUAUGAGCGUCCUUACAUGUGCAAACGUCCACUCAACACCAUCUGCCCUCUUGGUUGGCAGAGUUUUUCUGGCAGUUGUUACUGGAUGGUCAGUAAUGUCAAUCUUUUGACCACCUGGCAUGAUGCUUUUACAAAGUGCUCUGAUAUUGGAGCUCACCUGCUGAUUCUCAACAGUCAAGAUGAGCAGUUUUACAUAAAUGGGAAGCUUCCAGACUUUCACCAAGUGGACAUUCCUGACAUCUGGAUUGGCUUGUCAGAUAAGGACCAGGAUGGGGUUUUCAAAUGGGUGGAUAAAACUGACAUUAAGUUUUCAAAUUAUGGUGACGGUUGGCCCAAAAACACUGAAAAGAUGUGGGACUGUGGACAGAUCUUCACAGGGAAUUAUGAUGGUAAAUGGGAAACAACCAACUGCUUCAAGAGCCUGGGUUACAUCUGUGAGAUAACAGGUGGACAGAACCCGAAACCAACUGCACCUCCUGAUUUCCACUGUGACCAAGGGUAUUUGCUCUACGGGAACUUCUGCUAUCACUUUGAGAUUGAGAAAUCUAAAAACUGGCAUGAUGCUGAGGCUCACUGCAACAACGAGCAAGGUCACCUGGUCAGCUUCCGCUCACAGGACGAACUCAGUUUCCUGACUGCUCACAUGCCAGGAGAAGCCUGGGUGGGUCUGAAUGACAUCAAUAUCGAAAACAACUUCGUGUUCACUGAUGGAACGACUUCAGACUUCAUCCCGUGGGCUCCGAACCAGCCGGACAACUGGCAGAAUAAUGAAGACUGCGUGCAGCUCAGAGGAAUGAAUCACCAUGAAGCUGGGAAGCUCAAUGAUGAUUUCUGCACUUCCGUGAAGGAUUACAUCUGCAAAAAAGCUAGAGGACAAGGACCUCCUCCCCAGCCUCCAACAGCUGGACCAGGAUGGAAUGACAAAUGCGGUUCAUGGAUGUUUGACCCUUUUAACGACUUCUGCUACCUGUUUAACUAUCUGUCCAUGAGGACUUGGGCGGAGGCUCGAGCCGACUGUGUCAACCAAGGAGGAGACCUCAUCAGUAUCACAGAUCCGUUUGAGCAGAGCUUCGUACAGGGUGUGAUCCAGCAGACUCCCACUGGGAUCUCCCUGUGGAUGGGUGGACAUGACUCCAUCACUGAGGGCGGCUGGGAGUGGACAGACGGCUCUCCGUUUAGAUACAUACGCUGGAAUGCAGGAAACCCGGAUGACUAUUAUGGCGAAGAUUGCUUGUCUAUACUAAUUAAUAAUGGCAACUGGAACGAUGAUAACUGUGAGCACAAAAGAGGAUACAUCUGCAAGCGGAGAGGAAACACUCCCGAACCUCCUCCACCUCAUGACGGUUUUGAAACAGCACUGGUGUGCCAGGACUCCAGCGCUGUCCUCCAUUGUCCACACGAGAGUGUAAUUAACAUCCAGUCUGCUUUCUAUGGAAGAAAAAAUGCUGACAUCUGUCCACACUUCGAAGGAUCAGAAGGAAGCUGCACAGUUGAAGGAAUCCUCCCUCAUUACAGAAAGUCCUGCGACAACCGUCCUUUCUGUUUCGCACUUGCCCACGUGGACAACGACCCCUGCCCCACUGUCUCUAAAUAUCUUGAGAUUGUUUACAGCUGUGAGCAAAAAGUGUGUUUACAUGGCCUGGGUGUUGAGGAUGGAAACAUCACAGACUUCCAGCUCUCUGCUUCCUCCUCUAUCGGUCACUUUACCCCCAACAAUGCACGUUUGAAUGGAAAUUCCUGCUGGAUGCCUUCAGGAAGCGCUUCCUCAAGCUGGAUUCAAGUGAACUUGGGUGAGACCAGAAAGGUAACAGGGAUUGUUAUCCAGGGUUGUCCUCAGAAUGACCACUGGAUCACCAAAUUUAAGAUCCAGCACAGUAUGGAUGGAAUAACCUGGACACCCUACACAGCUGAUGGGGAGUUCUUCCCAGGUUCAACAGACAGAAGCACACCUGAUACUCAGCUGCUGGGCACACCUGUGUCAGCCAACUAUAUCCGCAUCCUUCCACUGGAGUUCAAUACCCAAGCAGGCCUUCGAUUUGAUGUCUUAGGAUGUACACCUGACUAUGCAAUAACAUGUGCCAACAAGCCCAACUUCAACUUUGCCAAUGAUCAAAUGACGGUCCAUUGUCCUGCAGGCUGUGCCCAUUCUAGUUACACAGUGUUUGGCACAUCAGUAUAUCGCGGGGACUCAAACAUCUGUGCAGCAGCCAUCCAUGCUGGAAUGAUACUGAAUGAGAUCGGAGGCGACUGCACUUUGUUAAAAGCUCCAGGACAGGACUUCUACACCGGAUCCAUCAGAAACGGCAUCACCUCAAGACAAUUUGAUGGAGACUAUUCCGUGUCUUACACUUUUGCAGAUGGAGAGCUGAGAUGUUCAGGGCUUGACUGGUAUGAGUUUGGAGAGUUCUGCUAUAAACCUUCUACAGACAAGAAAACGUGGCAAGCUGCUCGACAUGCAUGCAGAAAUCUGGGUGCUGAACUGGUAUCCAUCCAGUCAAUGAAGGAGCAGAGCUGGCUGGAAAGCUACUUGUACAUGGCCACCAGUGAUGUGUGGACUGGUUUGAAUGAUCUGAUUGUUCCUGGUAUGUUCUCGUGGUCUAAUGAACACAUAGUAACAUUCACCUACUGGGCUCCAGGGGAACCCAACAACCAUGAUGGGUUCAGUGAGGACUGUGUUGAGAUGUUACACCAGACUGGCCGGUGGAAUGACGUGUCCUGUACAGAACUCAAUACUUACAUAUGCAAAAUGCCCAAAGGACAUUACCCUUUGCCCUCUGUCAAACCUACUGUGUAUGGAUGUUCACAGGGCUGGGAUGCAUAUGGUUACUCCUGCUACUGGAUGGAAGAGACAGCCAGGAGCUGGUCUGAUGCUAAAGCCUUCUGUGAGGAGCUGGAUGGGUUCUUGUUGCACAUUGGAGACAUCUACGAGCAGUCACAUUUUACAGUGCAACUGACUGGGAAGACUGGUUUGUGGUGGAUUGGCCUGCGAGCUCAUGGAGUGGCAGGUGGCGGGGUUGACUAUGUCUGGGACAAUGGCUCACCACUCACCUUCACUCACUGGGACAAAGACCAGCCAGAUAACGGUGAUGGUACCUGUGUGGCUAUGACAACGGGUCAGAUUGGCGGUUUCUGGGAUGACAAGGAGUGCACAGAAAAACACACCUUUAUCUGUGAAAAACCCAGACCUGACAUCAGCCCACCUACUAAGCCCCCAACUCCUCCUCCUUCGCAGGGCUGUGCUGAUGGCUGGACGGCCAUGCCCCACUUCAGGUUCUGCUACAAGCUCUUCCACAAUGUGGACUGGUCCCUGAAGAAGAGCUGGGGAGCAGCACAUGAGGACUGUGUCUCAAGAGGAGCUAAUCUGGUUAGCAUCCACAAUCAGGAAGAGGAAGAGUUUCUGUCUCUGUACAGCAAAGGCAGCAGUAAGUGGAUCGGCCUGAAACACAACCCUACAGAAGGAGGAUAUUCCUGGAGUGAUGGAACACCUUUGUCACACACUAACUGGGGUCCUGGGGAGCCAAACAACCACGAAGGCCGUGAGGAAUGUGUUGAGAUGGUGAGCAACACCAACGGGACCUUCUCCUUGUGGAAUGACCUUAACUGUGAUGCUCAUCAGGACUGGAUAUGCAUGAUCACUAAAGGAAAGAACCCCAUCCUUCCCCCAGAGCCCCCACCUCCUAUCCCCGCUCCUGACUGUGGCUCCAAUCCAGGCUGGAGAAAAAACAACAACAUCUGCUACUACUACAAUGACACAGACAUAGUUGACUUCCACACGGCUAUGACACGCUGCUAUGAAGAAAAGGCCACACUUGUGUCCAUCCUAAACAAAGAUGAACAAGCAUAUGUUAACAGCAUGGUUGGGACAGGAAAGGUGUCUGCAGCCUGGAUAGGAAUGAUGAUGUUUGGCAUUGCAAAUGGACAAUACAUGUGGGUUGACUUCUCACCUUUGACAUACACUCACUGGGCUUCAGGUGAGCCCAACAACGCCAACGGGGAGGAACAGUGUGUCCAGAUGAACAGACAUCAAGGUGGAUGGAACGAUGCCAACUGUGGGCGGGAAGGAGCAGGUUAUGUUUGUAAGAAGUUCCCCGGAGACGUCCACACCCCUCCUCCACCCACCCAGCCAUGGGAGGGCAACUGUCCUGAAGGUUGGAUGCAUUUUAGGAACAAGUGCUUCUUGUUUAAGGGACAUAAACAUGAUAUUAAAGCUAACUGGUCUCAUGCUCGGAGCUGGUGCAAAGACCAAGGAGGAGAGCUUGCAGUUAUAGAUGACCAGUAUGAGAAUGACUUUGUAGCUAGUUACCUAAGAGACCUGAUGCUUCCCACCUGGAUCGGUCUGUCAGAUCUCUUGGUGGAGAAUCAAUAUGCCUGGAGUGAUGGGGUCAGCCCCGUGCUGUACACAAAUUGGAAUGAAAAGGAGCCCAACAAUGUAGGAGGAACGGAACACUGUGUGGCAAUGACUCAUAAUCACUUGGUGACCGGCAAGUGGAACGAUGAUGCCUGUCACAGGAAUCAUAGCUUCGUCUGCUCCAGGAAGAAAUCAAGCAGCAUCCAGCCUCCUCCCCCAACCAAGAGCCCCUGUCCGAGCGGCUACAUCUCCUGGUACCACAACUGCUACAAGCUGGUGGAAGAGCCCGCAACCUGGGAUGCAGCUCAGGCAGCUUGCAAGGGUCAGGGAGGAAACCUGGCUAGCAUCGACAUGAGCUAUGACCAGGCCUUUGUUGCUGGGGUGGUCCUGCAAGGCAAGGCAGACGCCUGGAUUGGACUCAGGCGCACGGAGGAUGGAUCAUACACGUGGACUGAUGGUUGGCCAGUAUUUUUCACACAGUGGGGACCAGAAGAGCCCAGUAACCACAAGGAUGAGGGUUGUGUGAGCAUGCAUGCUUCAAUCUUUUUCCAUGGAACCUGGAAUGACACCAAAUGUGACCAAGCUAAACCCUAUAUCUGCAAGAUCUCCUCAGAGAAACCACCACCAACUCCCAGCCCUGGUGAUGGGAAAUGUCUGCUAUUCUGGGUUCCCUACGGCCGCUACUGCUACUACGUAUACAAUGAGAAGGAGGGUUUCUCAUGGCCAGACGCCAGACACUACUGCCAGUCAGUCAGGACUGAGCUGGUAUCCAUCCACAGCAGAGCAGAGCAGGAGUUUCUCAGGAACCUAAACUACACCAAAAAUCACAACGUUUGGAUCGGCCUCACCAGGGAUGCAAACUUUGGCUGGGGCUGGACAGAUAAGACAUCGCUGGGAUUCCUGAACUGGGCUCCUGGCGAGCCCAACGCAGCCUUUCAUCCCGGGGAGAUCGCUGAAGAGAACUGUGUGGAAAUGUAUCAUGAUGGAAGCUGGAAUGACAACAACUGUCUGGAGAAGAGAGGCUUUGCUUGCCGCCACCGCCAAUUCUAUGUAACAGAUGAUAACAAACAUCCUGUUUUCCCCACUGAUGGUCCUGGUUCCAAUGGAGGGGUGAUAGCUGGAGCCAUCAUCGGAGCAAUCAUCUUUUUCUGCCUGAUAGUAGGACUGCUGUACUACGCCUUCAGGGUGCGAGGAUAUAAACUGAGCAGUUUGAGCUUACCAACGAAAACAAACGUUAAGAUUGAUGUGCCUGCUUUCACCAACCCAAACUUCCCAGGAGAAUCAGACACAUAAAUAAUCAUCAGGUUUUGUACAGUUCAUCAUUGUAAACAAAUGAAAGUCUAAAAAUUCUUGUCCUCUUUUUUAACAAUACUGUAUAUACUGUAAUGCAAUAAUAAAUUGAAUAUAUUGAGAUCAAAUUUCACUUCCCUUUGUUGCACUCACAUCUUUUUAAGUGCAGCAAAUAUUUUGUAAUGCUUGUCCAGAAUCAUUAUAAAGAUGAAAUACCACAUUUUACUUCGUGAGAUUCUUGUAUUGUUUUAAGAUAAAACAGCAGUACAGACAUCAAA